UUGGCCUUCUGAUUGGUCUGUUGAACGUCGAACUGAUGCGUUAGAUUCAAUCAUCAAAUUGUCUACUUUACUUGUUUUGAGUCUGUUGUCAUGACGUGACCUCUACAGUUCGAUUAAGAUUUGAACAUGCCAUAAGGUCCAUGAUAAUUGAUUCUCCAGUGAUCUAAAUUUUUUGCAUUUUUACUCAAGUAACAUGGCGAGACACAGGAAUGUGAGGUCUAUGAACUAUGCUGAUGAGUAUGACGGCUACGAUGAUGUUUAUGGACACUCUGUCGAAGACGAUUACAGCAUCUCCCCGAGUGAUGCUAAAUAUGUUUUUGAUAGAAACACGGAAAAGGCUCAGAUGUCAGCAUUUCUGGCCGGAGAUGAAGACAUUGCCGAAGACGAUGAAGACGCUGAGGAAGGAGGAACUGAAUGCCCUAAAAGGAGAGACUCUGAUACCUUGGGGCUCCGUACCAGAAAUUUAAGUGAAUUGGAUGAAGCUAGGUUAAGGUCGUGUUUAGAUGAAAUACGUGAUGUGAUUGGAGAUUCUAUGUCAGAGGCUUCCCUUGCAGACAUCAUUCUUUCAAAUGACUUUGAUGUGGCCAAGUCAUUAGAUGCUGCUCUAUCAAAUGCUGCAGAAAAAUCAAACAGACCUCCAUCAAAAAUAAAGAAGCAAGAGACCCCACUGCCUCAGAGAGAACCAAGAGUUCAUCCAACCACAGCAGGUAAGCCUCAAAAAACAGAAGACCCAGUGGCUAUAGUAACAUCAAAACCAGAUGCCUUCACCUCAGCGGAGAAGGUGCAGCCUCCAGUGAAGAUUGUUCCCCCCGGUGCCAAGACUGUUAAUGUUACAAAGGGAUUUGAAGUGCUGUCAGUGAAACAAGAAAAUGAUUCUGGAGAGGGAUUACGACCUGCCUUCUCAACACCGCGCACUCAGUCCCCUGCGUCCGGACGCGGAACACCGUCAGGUCGGAAUACUCCAAGUAUGGGUGAACUAGGAGAGGGUGACGGAACUCCACGGGAAAUACGAGCCAGACCUCGAGUGUCAAAGGAAGACAUUUUGGCGAAGUACAAGAGUGACAGAGGUGACAAUAAAGAGCAGCUGCACAUGGUUGUGAUUGGGCAUGUCGAUGCAGGUAAAAGUACCCUAAUGGGACGUAUGCUGUUAGAGAUGGGACAGGUAUCAAAGAAAACUAUGCACAAAUAUGAGCAGGAGAGCAAAAAGUUGGGAAAACAGUCAUUUGUUUAUGCAUGGAUCCUGGAUGAAACUGGCGAGGAAAGAGGAAUUACUAUGGAUGUUGGUCAAUCUAAGUUUGAAACAAAUUCAAAAUCUGUUACCCUUUUGGAUGCUCCUGGCCACAAGGAUUUUAUCCCAAAUAUGAUUACUGGUGCCACGCAGGCUGAUGUAGCACUUCUUGUUGUUGAUGCAACUAGAGGGGAAUUUGAAACUGGUUUUGAGAGUGGUGGACAAACCCGUGAGCACGCUCUGCUGGUUCGCUCCCUGGGUGUGAGUCAGCUUGGGGUUGUGGUAAACAAACUUGACACAGUGGGGUGGUCACAGGAAAGAUUUGAGGAGAUAACUGCAAAGCUGUCCGCUUUUCUACGCCAAGCGGGUUUCAAGGAAUCAGAUGUUACCUAUGUACCCUGUAGUGGGCUGACAGGUGAAAAUAUGGUUGUAAAACCCACUGCUGCUGAACUUACAUCAUGGUAUACUGGUCCAUGUUUAUUGGAAGUCAUAGACGGUUUUAAAACGCCAGAGAGGCCAAUAACUAAACCAUUCCGAAUGUCAAUAAAUGACAUAUUUAAGGGCAUGGGAGCAGGAUUUUGUGUUUCUGGGAGAAUUGAGACUGGGAUGGUCCAACCAGGAGACAGAGUUCUUGUUUCUCCCCUUGGUGAAACAGCAUUUAUCAAAGCACUUUUGGUUGAUGACAUGCCUAUCCAAGUUGCAUUUGCUGGAGAUUGUGUAAGUGCUACAAUUUCUGGUCUAGACCAGCAAAAUAUAUCUGUGGGCUAUAUACUCUGUGAUCCUCAACGACCAAUACCUAUUACCUCUCGUUAUCAAGCACGUAUUGUUAUAUUCCAACUUAAAGUCCCCAUUACUAAAGGAUACUCAGUUGUGAUGCAUCACCAGUCACUUGUUGAACAGGCAGUUGUUAGUAAACUGGUUGCCCAACUCCACAAAAGCACUGGAGCCAUUAUUAAGCAAAAACCCCGUUGUUUGACUGGAAACACAAUUGCUUUAGUUGAGCUUGAAGUUUCUCGACCAAUUUGCUUGGAACUUUAUGGUGAUAUUAAGGAAUUGGGACGAGUCAUGUUACGUGUUGGUGGUGUUACUAUUGCAGCAGGAUUGGUUACAAAGAUUAUAAAGUGACUGGGUUUAAAUCAACUAUAACAAUGAAGACUGUUAUGAUUUUGUCUUCCUCCCGCUAGUCCAUUUUUGCUGAUAUGUAUUUUACAAAAUCUUCUCAAUUUUGUCUUUUAAUAUAAGUGCUCAAUCUUCUAUCUGUAAAUGUGCUAAACACAAACCCAUUUAUCUCUCUGAAUACUUGAAAUUUCUGAGGUGAUAUGGUUGAUCAUUAUACAACUGCUAAUAUGAAUGAUUCCCAGAGACCAAUAUUGACUGAAUAUUAUUCAUGUGGUGUGACUAUAUUACUUCAAACUUUGAUACUGUACCUAAACUAUUUGCCAUGUUCUGUGAAAUCAAUUUGUACUUAGAGAGUGUUUUCGUUGUGAUGAGGACCAUGACUGUCUUCUUUGUUAAAAUAAAUAUGAUAAAAAAACAA